CCAUGUUCCCUCACCGGCAACUUCCACUCCUCCACCGCUUCUACUCCUCCACCACCAGUUCACCCACCUCUUUCCUCCCCUCAUUCACUUUCACUCAGUUUCUCUCCACCAAAAACUCCCCUGAUAGUCAAGAAAACAAAGAAACUGAUGACCCCUUCAAGUCCCAUCCAUCAUUUCACCACCUAUCCCCCAUCAAAUCCAAGUCCCAACUCCUCCAGUCCUACACCAUCACUCCUCCAAUCAAUCCCUGGCCAAAGGACCUCUCCCACAAGCGCCUAAUCUCCCUUAUCUCCUGUCAGCAUGACCUUAACCUCGCCCUGCAAAUUUUCCACCAUGCCGGAAAAUAUCACCCCAAAUUUUCGCAUAAUUACCAGACCUAUCAGUUCAUCAUCCAGAAGCUCUCCCGCGCCCGUGCCUUUCAGGAUAUGGAGACCCUUUUGGAUGAACUAAAAAGGGCUGGAAUCAGUUGUGCUGAAAAUCUAUUCAUUGUUGUGAUCAGGAAUUAUGGGAUUGCAAGUAAGCCCAAAAAAGCCCUUAAGAUAUUUCUGAAGAUGAAUGAGUUUUCGGGCGUUAAAAGGUCGGUGAAAUCGUUUAAUACUCUGUUGAAUGCUUUGGUUCAGAAUAAAUAUUAUGAUUUGGUGUAUGGUUUGUUUAAGAAUUGUCGAAAGAAGUUUGAUAUUGUGCCUAAUGUUUCUACUUGCCAUAUUUUGAUAAAGGCUUUGUGUAGGAAAAAUGAUGUUAAUGCUGCUAUUAGAAUUUUAGAUGAAAUGCCAGCAAUGGGUGUGGUGCCAAAUGUGGUUAGUUAUACAACUAUUUUAAGUGGAUACGUAGCGAGGGGUGAUUUGGUUGGUGCCAAGAGAGUGUUUCAUGAGAUUCAUGACCGUGGUUGGUUCCCUGAUGUAAUGACUUACACAAUAUUGAUUGAUGGGCAUUGUAAGCAAGGGCAGUUAGUUGAUGCUAUUAAGGUAAUGGAUGAUAUGGAGGAGAAUGGUGUUGAGCCAAACGAUGUUACUUACGGGGUGAUGAUUGAAGCUUUUUGUAAAGAAAAGAAGUCUGGAGAGGCGGUUAAUUUGCUUAAUGAUAUGCUUGACAAGCGGAAUGUGCCAAGCUCAGCUCUGUGUUGCAAAUUAAUUGAUGUUCUGUGUGUGGAAGGAAAGGUUGAGGAGGCAAGUGAAUUGUGGAAGAAGUUGAUGAUAAAGAAUGUUACUCCGGAUAAUGCAAUAUUGAGCACACUUAUAUUUUGGCUAUGUAAGGAGGGGAAGAUAUGGGAAGCUAGGAAGUUAUUUGAUGAAUUUGAGAAAGGAUCGGUUCCUAGUGAGUUGACAUAUAACACGCUUAUUGCAGGAAUGUGUGAGAGCGGGGAAUUGUCUGAAGCUGCGAGGUUAUGGGAUGACAUGGUGGAGAAGAGAUUGAGUCCCAAUGCUUUUACUUAUAACAUGUUAAUUAAGGGAUUUUGCAAUGUUGGUAAUGCAAGCGAAGGAAUAAGAGUUCUGGAAGAGAUGUUGGAAAGAGGAUGUUCUCCUAAUGAAUCUACUUACUCUAUCUUAGUCAAAGGUCUGCACAGUUCAGGAUGUGUAUCAGAAAUUCCAAGAGUACUUUCCAUGGCAGCUUGCAAUGGAAAAGAAAUUGAAAUUGUUACUUGAGUGUAUUUUACUCUGAAACCAGUUAGAAUCUCGGUGGAGCUUGCCAUUGCAGAUCAAAUAGUCUUGGAAAAGUUUUCACUUAAGUUUCAUUCUUGCAAGGUUUUCUGCUGCUGUUUCUUGUAUGACUAUAGAUCAGUUGCAUGCUGCAAGCUAGUGUUUCCUAUAGUCGCUGAUGUAACAGAAUUGGAUGUUGCUUCUGAUUGAACCUUGGGGCUUAGCGUCCUUUGAGGA